AUGUCGCAGGCUGAAAUACAAGAAAAGAUUGCCGCUGCCAGGCGGGAGGCUGACGGACUGAAAGACAAGAUCAGGACUGCUCGAGACCAGACCGCCGACACCAGCUUACGUGCCAUGGCCAACGAUGUUACGCCGCUCCCCCGAGUCGCUCUCAAAGUCCGCCGCACGCUCAAAGGUCACUUGGCCAAGGUUUACGCCCUGCACUGGGCGGCCGACAGGCGACACAUUGUGUCCGCGUCCCAGGACGGAAAACUCAUCGUCUGGGACGCCUACACGACCAACAAGGUUCACGCCAUCCCUUUGCGUUCAUCAUGGGUCAUGACCUGUGCCUACUCGCCUUCGGGUAACCUUGUGGCUUGUGGUGGUUUGGACAAUAUCUGUUCGAUCUACUCGCUAAGAAAUGCGGCGCCGGGUGGACCUGGUGGAUCCGUCAAGGUUGCGAGAGAACUGAGCGCGCACUCUGGAUAUCUUAGUUGCUGUCGAUUCAUCAAUGACAGGCAGAUCGUCACCUCCUCUGGUGACAUGACCUGUAUGCUUUGGGAUAUCGAGCAAGGUACUCGUACCAUGGAGUUCAAUGAUCACACUGGUGAUGUUAUGAGUAUCUCUCUGGCCCCCAAUGCCAACCUGUUUGUUUCCGGUGCUUGUGAUGCCACAGCAAAGGUCUGGGAUAUUCGAACCGGCAAAGCCGUCCAGACUUUCACUGGUCAUGAAUCAGACAUCAAUGCCGUUCAAUUUUUCCCCAACGGCGAUGCCUUUGCCACCGGUUCCGACGACACCUCUUGCAAACUGUUCGAUCUCCGUGCCGACAGAGAACUCAACAACUAUUCCCACGACAAUAUCCUCUGUGGUAUCACUUCCGUCGCCUUUUCCGUCUCUGGUCGAAUCCUCUUUGCUGGUUAUGACGAUUACAAUUGUAACGUCUGGGACACUCUCAAGGGCGAGAGGAUCGGUAUCCUGGCUGGGCAUGAGAACAGAAUCAGCUGCAUGGGUGUGUCUGGGGAUGGUAUUGCUCUUGCAACUGGUAGUUGGGACAGUCUUCUCAAGGUCUGGUCAUGA